AUGCGUAGAAUUGAAGGAGGCAAUAUCGCAUCCUUGAACGGUAGUGAUGCCGAAUAUGCCAGAAUAGUCAGUAUGCUAGUACAUGAACAAGCUGUUUGUCUAGAGCUCGUCGGCUCAAAUGGUAAUCACUCUGUAUCGCGUCAAAUCGCUGCUGCAAAGAGAAGAAAAAGCAAACUAACAGAAAUGUGUCAACUCGGAGCUCUGUAUGCUGUGACAUUACAGAGCCUGAGCACAACAACAGCAUUUGAAGGAGCAGAGAUAAUGGACGGAUGUUCUUCGGAAUUUGGGAAGGCAAGAAGUGUAAGAGGAAGAAAAGCUAAACCAGGAAAUGGCCGCAGUCAAAACGAUGGUAAGAUUCAGGACCAAUAA